AUGGGUGCUACUAAAACAACAGUACAAGGUAAGAAAUCAAAUUUCAAGUUACUACUUACUACCAAAAGGGUUGAAGUUGAUUCUGGAUUGAAAAAGUAUGAAUUUAGAGAAAAAGCAUCCCACUUUGAUGAGAAUGAGUGCUCUAAUUCAAAGGAAAAAUCCUCUAUGACAGGUUCCAUCAAGAGAGGACCACAAGGUAUUAUCGAGGGCCAUAAAGAGAAAAGGCAGAAGAUAGAUCGGAAAACAUCUCUUCUGUGUACUGCCAUUCUGAAGAGUCUAACAUCCCACAGACAUGGUUGGGCUUUUAAUAAGCCAGUGGAUCCUGUGGCAUUGAAUAUUCCAGAUUAUUUUACAGUCAUAUCUCAUCCCAUGGAUUUAGGCACUAUUAAAUCCAAGCUGGAAAAAAAUAUUUACUUUAGCAUUGAGGAAUUUGCAGCUGAUGUUAGAUUGACCUUUUCAAAUGCCAUGACAUAUAAUCCUCCUAUGAAUACUGUUCAUUUAAUGCAAACGAAGCUCAAAAAAAUAUUUGAGAGAAAAUGGAAAGACUUGGAGAAGAAAUGCAAGUGUGAAGAUGAGAAUGAAAAAAUUAUGACUGGAGCAGUGAGGGGACAUGUGAGAAAAUUUUGUAAUAGGAUGCGUCCCCUGCAAAAGGAUACCUUGCCCAAAAAUAUGCAAGUACCUGAAAUGAAAGAAAUCCAGAAGAUUAGUUCAUUGGAUGGAAGACAUGCUAAAGUUGAGGUUCCUAAGUCGUUACAGACUCGUUGCAAAUUGAUUCAGAAAAACUUACACAAAGGUACAAAGCAUUAA